AAAGCCUCUUUUCUUCUCCUACCAAACUAACCACACCAGCAAUUAACUCUUCCUCAGUCCUAUUGCAAGGCCAUCAUUUGCCUUUUUUUAAAAAUAAUACUUACUAUUGUUAAACUAAUUUGGGCUGCGGAUGGCCAACGGCGGCGAAGAUUUCUCUCAAUUUGAUAUAUCGAAAGAGGAAAUAGAGAAGCUCGUUGCGGAAGUGGUGCGCUAUGUCAUUUUCAAAACUCAUCAGAACUUGGGAUGUCCGAUUAAGAGAGAGGAGCUUGUUCACUUGGUUACAAAAAACUAUUCUCAGCGUAAUCUUCCUGCUUUUGUGAUUAAUGCGGCCAAAGAGAAGCUCUCAAGCGUUUUUGGCUAUGAAUUGAGAGAGCUUCAAAGGUCACGUCCUGCCUUGGCAAAUCUCGGCCGUUCUUCUCAAAACAGUGUUGCCGACCCUAAAUCGUAUAUUCUUGUAAGUCAGCUACCGCCAGAGGUGUACAAGAAAUAUGUUGAAGAUGUAAAUACAGCGCAUUUAACUGGUUUUACCUUUGUUAUAGUUAGUAUUGUCCAUCUAGCUGGCGGCAAAAUCCCAGAAGAAAAUCUUUGGCAUCAUUUAAAGCGCAUGGGAUUGUUCGAAAAUGAUGUAAACCAUCCGGUGUUUGGAAAUAUCAAGCAGGCAUUGGAGACACUAGUCCAGCAAAGAUAUUUGCAGAAGGACAAAGUGAAUGGCCCUGAAGGUAAUACCGUAUUUUAUGAGCUUGCUGAGAGAGCUCUAGAUGGACCUGUUAGAGAGAAAAUAAAAGAAUACAUAUCACAGUUUGUAAAUGUAGACCACAAUGUUGUCCAUUAUGCUGACUAAUGUCCUGCUAAUUUUCCUUAAUGGAGACUUGGGAUUUUGAAGUUUUUGGACUCUUGAGAAGGCUGGUAUAUAGGGUAUAGGAGUUCGUGGUUGAUAACCUUUCUAAGCCAAUGAGGGGAGGCGGCAGCUGAAUUACCAGUCCUAUUUCGAAGCUUGAAUAUAUGUAGAUCGCUGCAGUGGACUUUGUAUUUUAUUAAUUGUAUUUAGAUAGUUAAGAAAUGGAUGUUUUAAAGGACAACCUGAUAUUCUGUACUAAUGUGAUGCCUUGAAGGUGAAUAGAGUAGACCAGAUAAGCUAUUGUUCAAGAAAAAAUUAGGCUGACCAGACAUGGGAAAUUAUCAGAGAAAAACCAAACUUUUAUUUUUCCAA